GGAGCUUCUGCCUUCCUCCUCAGUCGCAUUCCUGGCUCAGAUACUGCAGAUUGAUGCCGAGGAAAGGCUCGCGACGACCUGCUGCGAGUUACAACCAGAUCGUUUGCUCUCAGACUACAAUAUCAAAUCCGGCUCCACAAUCUUCGUGCUGGGCAGGUUGAGAGGAGGGAUGCCAGCGAGCGCUCCUCGCAUCAAGAUGCCUGCCAACAAUCGCAUGCACAGCAGCGCUGCACUGAGGACGACGGACAUGUGGUCGAACGUGAUUGGAAAUGACUUCGGCAAAGCCAACGAUGCUGGAGCUGUUGCUGGGUCAAGCUCCGGUCAGAACGCCUACGAGAUGAGUCAGAACCUCAUGACCCUGGCCAAGUUGAGCGGUGCAGCCAAAGGAGGUGCCAACAGAGGAGCGUGCAAGAAAUGUGGGGAGAUCGGUCACCUUGCCUUCCAGUGUUUCAACAUGCUCACUGGCAAGAAAGAACAAGCUGGUGAUGUCAGCAGCACCUCCAGUGACGACGACGAUGAGAGCGAGGAGGAUCGCAGAUCUGUCAGCACUGUUUCCAGCACCUCUUCUGAAGAAAGGUCGCCCAGGAGGAAGAGCAGGCAGCAGCACGAGAGGUCGGAGCUCCCGCACAAGAGAGAUCGGGAGCACUGGAGAGACCGAGAUCAUCGCGACCGAUCAAGAUCACCCAAGAGGUCCAAGUCGGAGAAGUCGGAGAAGAAGAAGAAGGACAAGAAGUCCAAGGACAAGAAGAAGAAAGACAAGAAGAAGUCUCACAAGAAGGACAAGAAGAGGAGGAAGGACUGAUGAGAACAAGUACAGCGACCGGGAGGCCCGAUCUCACUUAAUCUAGAGUGGUUUCAUUAAUAAGUGCACGCUGGCAGG